AUGAGCAAGGUGUGCGUCACCAAAGCGGCAGGGUACAUAGCUUCUUGGCUCGUCAAGAAGCUCCUUGAAAGAGGCUGCACCGUCCACAGGACCCUACGGAACCUCGGGGAUGAGAAGAAGACGAAGGCGCUGAGGGGGCUCACCGGCGCGGUGGAGCGGCUGGUGCUGUUCGAGGCGGACAUCUACGACGCCGCCCCCUUCGGGCUGGUCAUCAAGGGCUGCGAGCUCGUCUUCCUCGUCGCCACCCCACUGCAGCACAACUCCGGCAGGUAA